CAGAGAUCACUCGCGCUGGCUUGCUAUUAACGUUAAUAACGUUAUCUCUCGCGUCACUCAUGUCCCCAACAACGACGGCUGCUGCUGCUGCCUGCCGAGGAGGAGGAGGAGUAGGAGGACGGGACUGCGGUUCAGGUGCACCGCUGUGAUUGAGAGACAGUGAAGUUUCAACGCUGCGGAGAAGAGAGAGAUGAACCCACGGCUGAAACACAGCGCCCUGAUUUGUCGACAAGUGUUUAUCUGUUGAACCGCCAUUGUUUUAUCGGUGAUGGGAUUCCUUCAGGAGCGACCUGCCGCCUAACCCCUCUAAGGUAUUCAGCAUGCAACCUGAUAAAGGACAUUUCUUCAGCGAUAAAGAUGGACACUAAAGCUGUGAUGUCUUGCAAGUUUUUGAUGCCUGUUCUGAGAACUCACUAACCUCUGGAACAUAAACUUUGUGUAGUUUGAGGAUUUUUUUAAUUACACAGCUGUGAUUUUUUGACAUAACAGUGCUCCAGGAAAAGUAAUGGAGACAGAAGAGAGGGAGGAUGUAUCACAAAAACGCAUGGCUAAUAUAAAGUUAGAGACAGAGGAAGAUGCCACCUCUGGCCACACCUGCGGGGUGUGUGGUCGCAGCUUUCCUCUUCUCAGCUCUCUGUCCCAGCACAUGAGAAGACACACAAGAGAGAAGCCGUACAAGUGUCCAUACUGUGAGCACAGGACGGCUCAGAAGGGCAGUUUGAAAGCCCACAUCCGAAGCCAUAAACUGGGCCUCUUCAGCCAUAAUGCCAGUGACAAGGAGGGGGAUGGAAAUCAGGAGCAGAAAGAUAACCCUGAGAUCCCCGACCAUCCUGAAAUCAUCAGCACAUCUGACAAAGCUCAUAAUGUCAAUGGGAAAGUGAAGAAGAAAGGAGCCAAGAAAAAAGUUAAGGGUAAAGACAGCGUCGAGGUUGGUGAUGCUGGGUCUUUUUCCUGCACUAUUUGUGGGCAGGUUUUCCCUCAGGUACUACUCCUAAAAUCACACAUGAAAAGGCACCGGAGCUCCCAGGAUCAUGGUUGCCGAAUAUGUGGACGCCGCUUCCGCCAGGCAUGGUUCCUCCAAAGUCAUAUGCGCAUUCAUCGGGUCAAAGUCCAGUUGCGGGGUGGUAAAAGCAACGAGCCUCCUGCCACAAUCAAUGGAGUUCCCCAGGACCCAGCAACCCUGAUAAAUGAAGAGUGCCUCUAUGAGCUGUGUGCUGGUUGCGGUAACUUCUUCUAUGACCGCAAGACCUUGCGAAUGCAUGAAAAGCUACAUAAACUGAACCACAGCCGCAUUCAAACACAAAAUCCACCACAAGAAGACCAUGACGCAUCUGAGCUGCUCAUUGCUAAGAGGCAUUUUUUGGAAAGCCUGAACCUCACAUGUGUUGGAGCGAGGGAUACACCUGAGGAAAAGAGCUUGGGCAGGCGAAUUCCAGAGCUAGAUCCAGUUUGUAGUUACCAAGCAUGGCAGUUGGCCACAAGGGGACGACUAGUGGAGGCCACAGAGAAAUGCCUGGGAUGGGAGGAGAGACUAGCUGAUGCUGAAGUGGCAUAUGAUAUGGAGAAGGGCGAGUAUGUGCCCCUGAAGCAAGAGAAGAAAAGGAAGCCAAUCGACACCUCUAGCUCCAACAUUAAGAAGAAGAAGGGUGACACAGGCCAUGAUCACACAUCAAACAGCCUGGCUCACACUAAAGGUGUUGAUAAGAGGAUUUCCCAGGAUCGUAUUCUGUUGAACGGACUUGGUCAUGCAUUUUAUGAGGCGCUGCAGACGAAGAAGGUCAAAGAAGUUCACUUCUCACCUAAACAGGCCAACAGCAUCAGAAGCCAAGACCAGGAGGAUAAAAAACCCUACUUCUGCGAGCACUGUGAUUUCCACACUGUUGACGCCUCACUACUCAGGUCUCACCUGCACAAGCACCACCAGGACUUCCUGGGACCCCACAGCAAACACAGCACCAUUUUGGACAACAUAAGCCAGAGUGGUUCCAAAGCCUCAAGAUACAUGGACUACCUCAGAAACAGGAGUGCGUUACUCAGUCAGCCAUACUGGAGUCCUUACACAUGUCCACCUGGCCAGGGGUCAGCAGAGUCAAACAUUAAAACUUUUAAAACUGAAAAGUCAAAUGGUACAGGGGUCAAAGGGCAGGGACAAACUACUAAUGAUGCUGGCAGUCUUCUUAAUCUGUCUGCAUUACCUGUAAGUGAAGGAGACAGCACUGUUAAUUAUCCAAUAAAGACAGAGGGCCUGGUGAGACAUCAGUGCCCAUACUGCUCCCACACUACCAACUACCCAGAAGUACUUUGGAUCCAUCAACGAGUUGCACACAGGGUGGAUAGCAGCAGCUCCACGGCACCCAAAUGGGCGCCCUGCACUAACAAUCUCAAGGGUUUAAAGACAGGUGCUUUCCUGUGGAGACGCACAGGGCCUCCACCGUUCCUUGAAGGAAAGGACUGUCCAGCCUUACCUGCUCCAAGAACACAGCGCACACAGCCCCCAGGCUUCACAACCCCCAGCAGCAGCAGCAGCAGUAGCAGUAGCAGUAGCAGUGGCAAGCACUCAGCAAGCACUCAGUCUCAGUCUAAAACCCAUUCAGGUGUCCCUAAGUCCAAGCAUCCGUCAAAGGACUCACGCUCUUCAGAUGGGACAUACUCUAGUGGGAGGGUGGGACUUCUACCUCAAAAGAAGUCUGGUGGACAAAACCGGGGCGUGGAGGGGGGAAGUAAAGGCCCCAGUGCCCAAGCUACUUCAUCAAGCAGUAUUGUGCAUAACAAGAGUGUCUCUAGUUUCCAGCCUACCAGCAGCCCAAAACACAGAGGCCACAGAGCUGCAGUGGAGGGAAACUUCCCUCAAGAGGGUUUGGGUUUUAUGUUGGCCAGGAAUCAUGGCGGGACUUCCUCUAACACAGCUGCAGAUAGACUCCAUCCCCGCAGACAGUCAUGUGACUCCUCUUUGGGUCCUAAGGGUCCUGAUCUGUGGGCUGCCAUGAACAUGUGGGGGCUACAUGGAAGCAAAGCAUAUUUAGAACCACUCCUUUUUGCUCAGGGAAAGAGUGAGUCAACAGGAGAAAUGCCAAUGGACGUUGAUAUUUUGAGUCUGCUGAAGAACUACAGUCCCCACGACCUGGCUGCUCUCUAUCAGCACUGGGGGUUUAUCGACCCCAGGAUUGAUCCACAAGCAAUGUUGCCGUUAAAUGGAAAUUUUGGAAAUGAAGUCCAUUCCUCCUCUGAAGCUUCCAAACAAGUGAACAGCCGCUCCACUUCGUCCUCAGGGUCUCUUCAUAAAGGAACGUGAAGAUACUCCGUUUUCCUGUUGGCUUCCAGCUUUCACGAUACAAACUGCUGAACAGAGGCCUGUUGUUCUUUAAAGGAACCAGCCAUAACUCCUAAAAAGGACAUAGGCACUGGAUAAUGCACAAUAUAUGCAAAGCAAUGAGGUGGACUCUGAUUUUUUUUUUUUUUUUUUUGUCAUAGUGUAUGGUUGUUUUAUUUGAAGUGUUAGGCAUGCAUUUCAUUUCAUUUUUUUUUUUUUUUUUUUUUUUUAAAGAAUGUAGAUAUACUAGUAACUGAAACAUACAUGGAGAUAUGGUUCUAUGAAAAUAAGGCAGAAUCAUUUAGGCUUACUGUACACUGUAUGGCAACAACACUCCAGGUGGAAAUGAACUGAGAAGCUACCAUUACAAGGAUAACUACGACAUUACUUAAAGAGACUCAGAAAUCUGCUUGGAGUGAAAAUUAGUUUUAACUGGAGAAAGGCCCUGCACAAUAUGAAAUACCAAUCUUACAAAGAAAGAUGCCUCAAAAAACAUUCUGAAUUAUAAAAUGUAAAGCUAUGUCAUGAAUGUUUUGCUUCACUUUUACCUUUCUACGUAUUUUUCUGUUUUCAUUUUGAUGUUCUUUAUGGGAGCCUACUUCAAAUUUGACCUGAGAGUGAACUUGUCAGUGAUCAUUAGUCAACUGUUCUCAUCUCCAUUCUUUGAGGGUCAAAGUGCUCAGUCAAGGUUACUUUCUUUUCAGUUAUGGUGAGAAAGCAGCAGCUGAUCUCUACCACAGUUUACAACUAACAGCACAAAGUCACCAUCCCACUGGAAGUACCGGCUUAAUUAGAGCUAAAUCUGACCAGAAUCCAGGCUUAAGCACUAUUAGCUCAUCAUCCCACACACAUUUAGAAGGAUGCACUAGUUGUACUAUUAUCACACUCAAACUCAGUCUGCAAGUUGUUCUGCAGCCCACAAUCUGGUGUGGUGAACUGGCCUUAACUCAAAAAAGCUGACAAGAAUAUUUCAUCACUAAGAUGAUUAUUCACCUUAUUUUCAACACAUCUGUACACUAUAUUUUUUCCAUUUAUUACACAGAUUACAUAUUUUUGGCUGGAUUGCAACAGUGGGUCCAGCCCUAUAAACGCAAAUGUUGCUGACUGACUGACUGACUGACUGAGGGAAGAAAUUGAACCAUUGGUUAUCCGAGUGCCUCAUGACUGACUGACAAGGUUACACCAUUGGUUGGCCGGCCGAGUGUUGGAGAAUCCCCAUUUGUCGUUGCUCUUUCAAAUUGCGAGGGCAGGCUUUCCCUCUGCAGUCACACCUCUCUAUGCUGACCUCGUGGCAGCUGAUGUGAAUGAGCUUCUAACUUUCUCUCUGAAUGAUAAUUUUACAAGUAAAUAUAGCUGAAAUCACAGCACAGUCUUUGUCUUUAAUUUUUGUGUUUGGUGAUUUUGUCAGACGACGUUGCAUUUAUAAAAUCAUGAUUUUAGCAGCAGCUUGGAAAUGGCUUGGAAGUUAGCAUGUAGUCUUAAUAGGCCACAUUUCUGUCACUAUUUACUUUAACUUGUUGCGUUGUCUGACAACGGAAACUGAAAAACAGAAAAGAGAGAAGCAAUCAGAUGAAGGGCUGGAACUAGCUGACACUAGGCUGAAUGCUAAUACGAUGCAGUCCAGCCAUAUACUAGGUUUUGACCUAGUCUUGUUAUAUCACAAAGACUCGCCAUACUUACCAUACCAUACAUACAGACAUAAAACAUGCAUCACAUUCAAGACAAUUUCUGGCUGUGUCUCUGGGGCCAGUUGUGGUGCAUAAAGGGAAUCAGUGCAGCGUUGAGCAUUGUCAGUGUACCAGCCAUCUUCUAGCCGUGUUCCACUUCAUUCUGCAGCGCCAGAGAGCAAUUUAACCAACAACUCUACUGGUUUACAGCCUCAAACACACACGGUAACUCAGCAACAACUUGGGUAGAAUUGGAUACUUUUUUUGGACCAGUUUGAAAUCGAUAUCCAUGUCAAACAGCACAAUCUGUGGAAGUGGUACCAUGCUCUUUAUCAUUUAAUUUACAUUUCUUCAUUGCAAAUCUGUGGCUAUUGCCAAACUUAAGGUCCAGAAUGGACAGUCAAUGAGAGAAAACCAGAGAAAUAUAAUUAAAGUGGUGGCCAUCAUUGUAGCCAGUCUGUAAAACAGGUUUGUGUCAAAAUAACCAGUGAGCAAUGAAAUGUGGCAUCAUGCUUUGUUAUUCUCAAUGCUAGAAAUUGUCCUUUGUCUCCAAUCAGAAACACAGUGUAAACAUCUACACUCAUUUCACAUUGUGCUAGUUAUGUAGCAAUUUAACGCUGUAAUUUUUAGAAGUAGCAUAAUUUAAGUAGUGAUAAUUCCUACUUAUGUGGCCCCGACUUACAUCUGCCAGCUGAGCUAUUGAAAAACUACAGUUUUAAAGACUGUAGAAUAUUUGUUUUUGACUUUAUGAAACUCACCUCAUUCUCAAUUUGUUUUCAUGUGUUUUCUGUUUGCAGAUUUGUUUAGUAUGUUUAUAUUUUAGUUCUACUGAUUCAGUGUAUUCAUCUCCCAUAGAGAAAUAGUCUAUGCAUUUGACAGAAAGCCAUCAAGUUAUGGAUUCUUGGGAGAUCUUGAGAAUACAUAAUUUAUUAUUAUUGGAGUAUUGAUUUGAUCUGUGUGGAAAUUUUUUUUGAUAAAUAUUGUAAAUGAUAGUUUUAUUUAAUGGUAUUUUUGUUUGCUGAGAGUGGUAUUUUAACACUCUGAAGUACUUGAUAUUUGUAGUAACAACAGAAAAUGUAAAAAAAAAUGUUUUUUUCCUGUGACACACACGAGGUCAGAGCGCAGGGUCAGCAGGGAGUGAUGCUCCUGCAGCAGGUAGUAUUGAGCCUGUUAUCUUCUAUUCUGCAACAGUUGUCUGUAAAGGCGCUGCUGCAGACAGUUUGGCAGGGGAAGAGUCACAGCAAACCAGGAGACAGUGAAGUUUUAUGCAAGCCUGAACUUUAUGCAUAACUAAAGCUUAAAUUCGAGCUAUCACUGGGUUUUUGUGACCAUGUAAACUUGUUUCAUAGUUAAUGAUGUUGGUAUCAGAAUUUCUAUUUUCACCAGUUCUACGUCUGUCUGUAAAAUUAUUCAAAUAAAGUUGGUUAAUUGUU